AUGGGACCACAGCCUGGACAAAAGACGGUGCUCAUCACCGGAUGCACCCCUGGAGGCAUCGGCCAUGCGCUGUGCCUGGAAUUCCACUCCAAGGGUGUGCAUGUCAUUGCCACGGCCCGCAACCCGGCGGUUCUGGCUGACCUCGGCGCCAUGGGCAUGUCCACCCUCGCCCUCGACGUCACCAAGUCGGACAGCAUCAAGACCUGCCACUCCCAAGUCUCGGCCCUCACCGGCGGCAAGCUCGACAUCCUUGUCAACAACGCCGGCCGCACCCACACACACCCUGCCACCGACAUCGACAUUGACGACGUCCGCGAGACCUUUGAGACCAACGUUUUCGGUGUCAUGGCCAUGUGCGCUGCCUUUUCCGACUUGCUUAUCAACGCCAAGGGCUUGAUCAUCAACAUUGCUUCUCUGGCUGCCAUCACCCCCUACGUCUUUGGCUCUGUCUACUGCGCCUCCAAGGGUGCGGUUGUGUCUUACUCGCGCACUCUGCGGUUGGAGCUCAAGCCUUUCGGGGUGAGGGUUACCGUUGGCAUGACUGGUACUGUGAGGAGCCAGAUUGCCAGCAAGACCCAUCGCACGCUGCCUGAGGGGAGCAUUUAUCAGAGGGUGAAGGAGAUCUUUGAGAAGAGGUUGACGUUCAGCCAGAACAAUGCCACGGUCAGGACGGAGGACUAUGCCAAGAAGCUGGUGGCCAAUGCGCUUAAACCUGAGUGGCCGUUGAUCUUGCGGUCUUGGUUUGGCAGAGCCGAUUGGUUCUGGGCUGGGGGUUGGAGCAAGGGUGUUUGGGCCAGUACAUUCUUCGGGGAGUGGAUUUUGGACUUUGUGCUGUAUCGCUUGAUUGGGUUGAAGAAGAUGGAGAUGGUGUUGAGGGAGGAGGAGAGGAAGAAGAAACUGACUUGA